ACCCGAGAGGCACUUGAGCAGGAGGAAAAGUUUACGGAAGAAGUGAGAGUUGGAGUGGAUGAGGCACGACACGGCAUGAGCGAAGAAACGAAUGAGCGAACACUGCGGGAAGCGGCCGACGAGGUACCGGCCCAAGCGGCCUCCCUGCUCCAUGCAUUCUCCGAUCUCACCGCUGCUCAAGGAUGGAAACACGUCAAGGUCCAGACUUUCCCAACCGGUCGACCGUCUCCAUCCCGUCUCGCUAUCCUCCGAGGAACUCCCUCACCUUCCGGCGGCGAAAGGAUCGUCUACCCAAUGUCCUUACACCAACCAACCAAUUUCCAAACAUUAUCGGAAAUUUUCCCAGCGAUCGGUUUAGGACCGGGUUCGAAAGUAUUACUAGCGAUAGUCUCUAGUGAUUCUUCGAUUGUAUAUUAUGAGCUCAGCGAAGGCAUUGUCUCUCCCAAGGAAGUGCCCGAGUAAUCGCCAUUGGUCCAUGUUGGCAGGACAGAAAACCUCUCAAUAGCACACAUGCCGUCAUUGCAGACUGGGCAUACCCCUUGAGGUUCCAGCUUGUCAAGGCAUACA